AGAUUUUAAAUGUGACAAUUGUAAUUACAAGACCAAUAACAAAAAAUACUUAAAACGACAUCGUUUGAGGCAUAUCGAUUCUAAAGAUCUUAAAUGUGUUGAUUGUGAUUACAAGACAAACAACAAGUACUGCUUAAAACGACACCUUUCAAAACAUGCCGAUUUUAAAGAUUUUAAAUGUGCUCAUUGCGCCUAUGAGACACAUAACAAAUUCUGUCUUAAAAAACAUCUUUCAAGGCACACAACCGUUUUUUCCAAGGAACCAAUCUUUCAUUAAGGUAAAUAUUAAUUCUGUAGUGUCUGGUGAAUUCAUGAGAUGGCCUAACUUUUGUUAGUAACAUUUCAAAUGUUUGCGGAUGUUGGAAACAUUUAAGUAUCAAUUACCUCAGAGCAAGACAUGUCAGAGAACGCAAAUAAAUAUUAUAUUAUUAUUUUUAUUAUAAAUCCGAGUUUAAGCAGGGAUAUUUGUAAAUAUAUGGGAGGUUGAAACUUUUAGCUGUUAGUAUUAUAAAUAUGCCUUUCCUAGUUGCGGAAACUCAUAUCGAUUUAAGGUAAUUUUUUAAUGUUGUAGAAUAAUAAAUUUUUUUCCUAAUAACGUUUAUUAUGCAUUCUCUGUUACGCUACUGACAUUGUAAAACAAGUGCAAAUCAGCGCCAUCUAUUAACAUGUUACAUGCAACCAGAUGUAAAUACACAAAAUCAGCUGGAAAACGUCAAGUGUUAUUGUACAAAGUUCGUUGUGGAAUAGGAACACGUAGUCAUUAGACUGCAUACUCAAACGGUGGGAAGUUCACGACCUUCCACAAAGCUAUGCCCUAUCAGAUUUCAAAAUAAUUCAUUAGACAAAAAUGGUGCAAGUACAAAGCAAGUUCGCUCCGAUCCACAUAAACUGCUACGAAUUUUGUCAUCCAUGGACCGAAAGUUGCCUCGAGGCGAGCGUCGGAAGCUACCUGUGCGCGAUCGUCGACUCGCUUCGAAUUUACACGACCGUGUACAUGCUGGCGCUCUUAAUGAAAGGUAGCGUACCGUCGAAAGAGGAGAUCAAGAAAACCGUACUGGGAAUGCUGCAGUCGACCGCGUUUCUAAGCGCCAACGGCAUGGGAUUCACUCUCUUUCUCUGCCUACUAAGGAAGCUUCUCGGCCACUUCAACUUCUUGACCGUCUCGGCGAUCCCAUCGUUCCUAGCCAACUUCUUCGCCAUCUUAAUCGAGCGCCCGUCGAGACGCACCCUGCUCAGCCUGUACGUAAGCAACGUCGCGACGGAGACAGUGUGGAACAUGGCGGUGUCGCGCGACUGGGUACGGCCGCGAAACGACGGAGUCGUCGUCAUUUUCAGCGUGUGCAUGGCGAUCCUGCUCACGUACUUUAAAAGCGGUCUGCAUAAGAGAGACGGAGAGCGUGUCGACUCGAUGUUCGGCGUCUUAAGGCUCAUCGUGGGGCCUUACGAGGAGAAGUCCAUAUCGCGCCCGAGCGAGGUAAACACAUUCCAUCGGGAGCAGACGCGAAACGACCCCCUAUCGUCCGGCAGCCGUUGGAGCGUGCCCGGCGGCCGCAGUUCCGCCAAUAACACAUAUCGUCUUAUCACGCAAGCGCUCCGCAUCUACAGAAGGCUGAUUAAUAAGAUUAAGUGCCUUAAUCGUAACCCGGCGUGUCCGCACCCGUUCAGCUGCGUGCAUUACACGCUGCAGGGCGCUUGCAAGAUGGCCGGCGUCGGUCUGUCGAUACAAUUAGCGUUGAGUUUCGUUUUCAAUUUGAAGAGUAUCUUCCUUUCCCCGAGGGCGAUCAAGACGAUCGUGUGGAAGAAGAAGACGUUAUCGCUGGCGAUCUUCUUGGGAGGAUUCUCCGGCCUGUUUAGGGGCAUCUGCUGCGUCUUGCGCAACGUUACCGGAACGGAUAGCGCGUGUCACGCGAUACCAGCCGCUUUAAUUGCGGGCAUCGCGUUUAAACAGUAUCCGGAUACGACGGUGGCGCUCUACGUGAUGUGGAAGAUGGCGCAAAUCUCGUACGGUCUCGGCAUCGAGAGGGGAAUCGUGCCUCGCGUGCCCGGAUUUACCAUCUUCCUCUACUGCGUGAGCACCGCGAUUUUAUUUCACACUGCUUUACUCGAACCGGUCAAUUUGAGGCCGAGCUAUUGGAAAUUUCUACAUUCGAUUUCGGCCGGACGGGUCGCCACGAUGAACCGCGAACCGCUGGACGUUUGGGGAUUAGAGACCUCGAGGCAACUCGUCGAAGUCCUACGGAAUACUCAUACACGACGAGGCGUCAAAUAUUACGUUUCCAACUUUUCAUGACCCGCUUUCUUUCUGUGAGCGCACGGUUUAACUAGGAAAAAUUACUCACGUCGCUGUUGAAUUUUUACGAAAUGAAGAAUGCUCAAAUUUGUUAAUGUGAUGAAAAAACUAGUACACUUGUAAUUAGAUUUAAGGCUAAAAGUAAAUUUAAGCACCAACAUGUAAUUAUGUGAAAUUAGUGAGAGAGUUGUUUUUUGAUACGGGUAGGGAUUGUUACGUUUCUAUUGCUUUAUCGAUUUAUAUAUUGUCUACAUUGUUUUUUUAGUAAACGUUACCUAGUUUCUUGGG